AUGACGGAAGUGGAGGAGGAUCCAUAUGCAGUAAGUUCGGAUACUGAUACUGAAUCAUUGAAGGGUCCACCGCCAAAGAUCAGCAUUGAGGGGCGGUCUGUUGCUGAUAUUUCUUCACUUAAAGCUGCUUUGAAAGAAACAAAAGAAGCAUUGAAGGAUGAGAAACGGCUUGAAGAAUUGAAUCAGUUGAAGGAAAAAUCUGAAAUACAUAAAAUAAAAAGAGACUUUAUUGAGGGUAAAACAAAAAGUGAGCUGGAGAAUGAAUCGAAGCCGGUGGAUGAAGAACGUGAACAACUUGCAGCUGUCACAAAAGAACAGUAUUCAAAGUUCAGAAAUAAAUUUGAAAAUCUCCCGGAAGUGAUGAAGGAGGAUCUCGAAGAACGUUUGAAAACCAUAGAGAAAGAACUGACAGGUGUUGGAAAGGAAAAUUUAGAAAGCAUCAAGGACGCCUUCGAAAAUCCUCAAGAAGGCGAUAAAAGUGAACGCGAGCAAAUUGUUAUUGAACGUUCGGAAGCAGACAAAAGGCGAGUGAUGAGGACAUUUGCCCAGGCAAAUCUUACAGCAGAUGAUGCUCCAAAGGAAUGUGCAGUGUGUUUGAAAACAGUUUAUCCUGUUGAAAGGAUCUUUGCUAAUAAGAGAAAUUAUCAUAUACAAUGCUUUAAAUAGGAUGAAAACGUGGACGAAGAAGAAGAGGAAUAUGCAAUAUCGUCGAAGCCAAAGCAACUUGGAAAUGAUGUCAUUAAAAGCGGUACAAAAUUAGACGAUUUGUCCACUAUCGGUUCAUUAAAGGCCAGAAAAGGAGAUUGGGAAAAUUCUGCGAAAGAGGCAGAAGCUGUGCUUACUGAAAAGAAAUAUGUCGUUGAUGAGAUCAUUUCUGGAAAAGUGAAAGCUAAUUUGGAAAAAUUUGUAAUGGGUGCUGCUAAUAAAGAAGAGGAAGAAGAGGAGGAAGAAGAAGAUGGAAGGGAUCCAAAUGUCGUCCGUGAAGACAAAAAACGUCGUAAGGAGGAAUUUAACUUUGAACGGGUAGGUGAUAUAAAGAAUAAAUGGAAAACAGGCAACAUGCAAACAGCCGAUGUCAAAGAAACGAAGAACGAUCUGAAGGAACUACAGAAUUGUCCCGGAGUCAAAGAGCGCUUCCAGGAGAUGACAGAGGCCGAACAAAGAAUUGUCAAACAAUGGGACAGUAGUGAACUCAAUACUUCAGGGGUAGCUGAUACUCGCAAAUCAUUUUUGGAAGGUUCAGCAUUCCAAUCCGGACCGAUUGAGAAAACUGCCAUUGAACUUGAAGAACUUGAGUUUAAAAAGCUUCAAGAUUUCAAAGAACGUUUUGAAAAAGGUGAAGGAGAUAUCCAAAUCCAGAAGGUUGAGAUUGAUAUACAUGCCGGGGACCUCAGUGGUAUUAAAUCAGCGUUUGAAAGAGGAGAAGAUAGUUUGGAAAUGACACCAGAAGAAAGAGCGGAAUUGAAAAAGAAGCAAAUUGAGGAGGAGUUUCUAAGGUACAAACUUGUUAGACGAGCGGCUGCCCAAAGAGAAGCAGUCAAGGAAAUAUUUGACGAUACCGGAAUUGAAGCUGGAGCGGAAAUUCAGGUUGAAGCUAUCAAAAGUCGUUUUGAAAAUGGUAAUUAUUCUGCCAGAAAUGAACAUGAAGACAAACAACUGGAUGUAGAAAUUAAAAUGGCUGGUAAAGCUAGGCAGAAAUUUCAACAAAUUGAUGUUGGAGGUGCUCAAACAAUUGUUCCAGAGAAUCGGCAGGAGAAGCAUAUAAGCAAGUGGGACAAAAAGGAAGGCGCAAUUCCGGAACCAGUGAACAGGAGAGUGGUUGAAGAUGAAGAGAAUGAAAUAGAAGAUGCCGAUGCUUAUGAUGUUAAAAAUCUCAUGCAAAAGUUUACAAAUAUUGGCAGAGAGGAGGAAACAAAGAUAAAACACGAAAGACCGAGUGAUUUGGAUGAAAUUAAGAUAGCCGCACGUAAUCUCAAAGAACAGUUUGAAAAAGUUGGAAUGGAGUUCGAAAAUGAAACAGCAGAGGAGAAGCGUAGACAGCUUGAAGAAGAAUUUGAACGAUUGAGACGCGAAAAAGAAGAAGCAGCAGCUGUUCGUGAAGAAACCCCCGAAGAAGAGAAAUUUGCUGGGAGAGAAGACAUUCAAGUUGCUACUGAUCACGCCUCAAAAAUGGCUGCAAAGUGGGAAAAAAUUCAGAAAAAGGAGGCUAAGAAAGCGCAAAGGAGUCGGAUGCCUCCAAAAAAUGCCACACAAAUGAUUCUGAUCACUCAACUUGCCGCACCUUCUGAUGAUAACGUCGGUAAUAGUGUUAUUGUGCAUACAGCUGGGCUUAUGUUGAUAUCUCGAAAAAGAUUUAUGAUGUCAGUCCAGAAGGCAUUUGGAGGACUGCCUGUCGGUGAUUUGUACAGUGUAUAG